AUUCUCCUCACUAACACUGACUGAUCAUGGCCGGUCGGUGGCGAGACGGUCCUCGGGUCUGUCCCGGAGAGCACGCCGGGGGCCUAAGAGCGGCGCCCCGCAAACAAGAGCCGGCCGGGGAGACCGAGGAGUCGCAGCGGGAGAUGCCGCGGUGGAUGCGGCUGUACUUGUACGGGAUGCACGGCGUGACUCUGGAUGUCCUGCUCUCAUCUCUGCAGCGCGUUUUUAAGUAUCAAGACCCCAAACUGGUGGGCUUCUCCUCCCCGUAUCUCUGCGUCCUGCAUUCCCUGACCCACUUUGCGCUGGAGAAGAUCUACUCUCAGAGGAGGUGUUUCCGAGGUCGGCCUGUGGUGUUCCACCUGGUCCUCUACCCGUCCAUCUACGUCGGGCUGCAGAUCCUGAUCGGGAGCGUGAAGUCGUGGGGCGAGCAGGUGAGGCUGCUUUCCUGGACGCAGCUGGCGGUGCACUACGUCCUGGCUCUGUAUUUCUCUCAGGUGUUCCUCAGAGGGAUGUCAGCUCUGCGGUAUCAGCCCUCCUGGCUGAGCCAAGUCACCCAGGAGGGCAGCUGUCACGGCCGGAGACAUCCACAAGGUCUCCCGGGCUUCGCGCGCUUCCUGUUCUUCGGGAUGCACGGUUUCCUGGACGAGGUGCUCUUCACGUCCAUCUUCAACCUGGUGGAGAAGUCCGAUCGGAGUCUGAGCGGCCACACGUCCCUCUGGUCCUUCCUCAUGUACGGCAGCUGCAGCUUCGUGGUGGAGAAGCUCUACCUGCACCUGCACUUCAGCCGAGGCUGGGGGACCUGGAGGAGGCUGCCCAUCUACAUCUGCUUCAUCUACACCUGGGAGUUCACCUGGGGGCUGGUGCUGAGGCAGUUUGACGCCUGCUCCUGGGACUAUUCCCACUAUCCACACAACUUCAUGGGACUGAUCACCCUGCUCUACCUGCCUGGAUGGGUCCUGCUCAGUCUGUACCAGGACGUGCUGUCCAACGUCCUGCUGGGGAUCAAGUGCACCAAAGAUGGGAACGAGUCCAAUGGAGAGGUCAACGGACAAGUGGAGUCAAAGAAAAAACUGUUUUAAGUUUCCGUUUUUGAGGGUUUUAAGCACUUCUCGGGCACAUAUUUAUUACUAAAGUGACUGAAUGAGAAUAGACCCAGUAGAUUUGGGUGCACAUAUCAAAAAUAUUUAAGAUAACUACUUUUAACUUCAUUUACUUUAGGGCAGGAAAUGCAUAGUUGAACACAGGAUACAGCGGUUUACAUUGGAGUCUGGACACUUGUCUAGCAGAUGAGAUGUUUUCCACUUGUCAACUCUGCCAGGUCUGAUACUUCAGGGUCCAUUAAUGAAGAUAAAACCACACAGGACCUUAGUUGUUACCUGAUUUAAAUUCAGUUAACCUACUGCCAUUUUUAUCUACGGGAUGUAGAAAACUGUGUAGUUUUAGCCACUUUUACAUGUCUUCUUGACUAAAAAGGUGUGAAUAUUCCUUUUUUUUUAAUUGAUUGCAAUCUUGCAGCAGGGUUGGAUUAGCAUGCUUAAACUGUAGCUCAUACCUGCAUGCUAUAGCUACGAAUAAAAAAACAACAUUCGAAAAGGUUUAGAUUACUGAACCGACGUCAGUAUUUUAACAACAAAACAACUGUUCAUCUUUGCAGUUUUUUUUCCAUAUUUUUACUCAGCUUGUUACCCCGAGUUAUGCAUGCUCAGCAACUAUUAGAGAAGAGUUCAUCCCAGUAGUACAUGUAGCAGAGACAAAAAAAAACUUGUAGCUGGAAGUACAGGAGCAGCCAAGUGAGAUUUUACUGUGAAUUUUUCAUGAACCAAACGUUACUUUGCUGGAGUGCCUUCCUGUGCAAACUGAGUCAGCCAGACUCGCAUAAACAACACUAAGUGUCCACAGGGAUCCUCUCUUUAUCUGCAAGUGCUACAGUCACAUAUACUGGACAGGCUUGACUCUGUCGUGAGGGUUCGCUAAAUCCCGGUAACGUACUUAAAUGCAGAGCAAAAGCAAUGAGUCUGUGCUGAGUGACGCUGAAAAUUGCUCCACAAAAUUAAAAAUGCUAUUGCUUUGGAUAUUUAAAAUUAGAAACUAGCUUUUGUCUUAAUUGAAACUAUCUUAUAUCUUGUCACUUGCUUUAUCUGUUUAAAAAAAAAAAGGUGCAAAAUUUCAAACUCCUGUCAAAUUCUACCCAAACAUGCAACCAACACUGUGCCUUGGCAGCACUGGUGAGCUCUAUACUGUGGUCGGUGUGGUGGAGUUUUGUGGUCAACUUGGCAGCUAAACGGAUGUUUUUAAACAUUUGCAUUCUCUGCAACUUGACUAACUGACUUUGUCCAUCUUUAAAGAUUUUCCAUGGCCGAAUAACUGUAUUUUAACUUCACUUUUGUGUUGUGUUGUUCACUUAUAUAUAUAUAUAAAAAAGACCAAAAUCCUUUUGGUAUGAAAAGCUGGGAUAAAAUGCAAAUUAACGUAAAAUAAAAAUAACGUCUGACUUGCAGUGGCAUGUACUGUAUGACUUGCAAUUUUAAUUAAAUAUAAAAUGUUCCUGUGACUAAA